AUGAAAGCGGAGUGUGAUGCAGAGGUGCGUACUAGACUGUUGGCAAAAAUCGAGGACCGGAACGACGUGACCCUGGAGCAGCUUUCUGAAGACUGCCAGCGGCUGAUGUGUCUGAAGAGAGACACUGCUUUGAUCGAGGGAACAUCCGGACCACCAGCAGUGCAGUUCGUGGAGCGGAACUAUAAUCGGCAGCAAUUUUCUAAAAGUUCUCCGAAAAAAGUGAAGCAAAAUAGUGAACACAAAAACAUUCCCCCAACCCCUUGUUGGAAGUGCGGCGCAAUGCACUACACUCGUGAGUGCCCGUACAAGGACCACAAGUGUAGUGAUUGUGGCAACAACGGACACCGUGAAGGUUAUUGUUUAUCCGAAAACAAAAGGGCAAAGCCCUAUCACAAGAAACAAAAUAAAACUUUUCGGGCAAACACAGUGAAAGUGCAUGAAGUGCAACAAAAAGGAAAAUUUGUUCGAGCUCAUCUUAACGGUGCUGAAGUGCAACUGCAGUUGGACACUGGAUCCGACAUCAGUGUGGUAUCGAAGCGUGUGUGGGAGAAAAUCGGGAAGCCUUCCACCACCCCCGCACUAGGAAAUGCAUCUACGGCUUCUGGUGCCCCCCUCGAACUCCUUUUCAAGUUCCAGUGUGACGUCAACGUCAAUGGCCAGCAGCGCCGUGGGACAUUUCACGUGGUCGACAAAUCGUUCAACGUGUUCGGAAUUGAUUUGCUUGACGCUUUUGGGCUCUGGUCUGUGCCGAUUUUUUCUUUUUGCAGCCAGAGAACCAAACCAUUCACAUCGUCGGAGUCAUUUGAGGCAGCACCACGUUCCAAAAAUUCAGCAUCCAGCACUUCACCACAGCACAUUCGCACAGCAAGGCUGAACCAUUUCGAGACAUUCGAGAGGGGAGAAGUUCGGUUCCAAUAA